AUGAGCAAAGACAAAACGAAUAUGGAUCCGGCCGACAAAGACGCCGCAAAGCCAUCGGAGACAGGAGAUCCGCUCGCGGAGCCACUCCAGCUCUUCACGCCAAUGACGAUCCCCUUCGGCACUAGUCUUACAGUCACAUCCCUAACCUCUAUCACCGUCAACGGCCCCAUCGUCAUUCAAUCCACUGCUCCGAUUACCAUCAAACCUACCCAUGCCACGGGUGUCCAAAUAGCAUUGAGCAAGGAUCUUGGAGCAGACUUCGUCCACGGCUGGAACAAGCUACCGGAUGAGCUGAAAGUCCGCAUUCUCUCCUUCAAUCUCACGCGCACGUCCACAUUCGGCUACUUCGACACUAUGAGCUGCCUUCGUUCGCUCGCCAAAGGCAUUCUGGGCUACCUCUGCACCACGCCCGAAAUCGCUGGUCUCGCCCGAGAAGUAUUCUAUUCGACGAAUACGUUCCGUCUCCAGCCCGUGAGAUAUUCUCUCCCCAGCGGUGCACCAACGGACGAUCUCGUUCUGGCCUAUCCGUCACGCGGAGUGAACUCGCGGAUACGCAAGCUUGAGAUCAGAGUGUGCCUGGAUGACGAUGAGUGGCCAUUCUUAGAGCGACUGGCGGAGGGCGCGUACGGCUUUGAGAAUCUUCAGUACGUCAUUGUCGUCGUCGACAUCAGUUUCGUGCUGUACUCAAGCUAUGCCGGCGGCAUCUACACCGAUCGAAGAUGCGUGAACGUGGUGGACAUACUCGGGGAUCGUGUCAGGUUUCGGAACAGGGGAGAGCUGGAGUUUAGAUUUGAGGAAGAGAGCGAGGAAGAGGACGGGGCGGAUUGGGAUUUCUUAAUGGACAUGGUAAGGGAGGCCGUCGUGUUUCUGCCCGAAGAGUGAAGUUGGAAAGGCGAACUGAAGGAGUCCAGUAUCCAUGGAACUGCGGUUAGGGUGAUAUCUGCAAAUUAGGGGCAGUGGUUUUCUGGCUCCUGGAUUUCUCUUAAACCGCUAAAACACACCAUUCACAUUUUCG